AUUAAGACAACUCGGUCGCAGGCGCGGCUCACACCGCUUCAGUUGCCGGCUCAGGAGCUGUGACGUCAGGUGCCAGGAAAGGUGGUCCACGGGCGCAGACCUUAGCUGCUCCCAAACUGAUUCAGCGUUGGCCGGUCGCUCUCACGCGCCGAUUGCAGUGCGGACCCAGAAAAGCACCGUCGGCCUCCGCAAGCGUUACGUCGUCCUCAUUUCCGUGUCGGUGAUUUCCGGUUACCGCCAUCUUCCUCGCGCCGAAGCCGGCUUCUAGGUGGUAGCUCCGUAGCGAAGAGUGCAGUGGGUAGUUCGGUCGGUGCCAUGCCGUCAUCGCCGCUGCGGGUGGCGGUGGUGUGCUCGAGUAACCAGAAUCGGAGCAUGGAAGCACACAACAUCCUCAGACAGGGUUUUCAAUAUCCAGAGAAAGCGCCUCAGAAGGCCAACAGCUCCUUGACUCUGGUGUUCAGCUAUACACAAAAUGGAAUUUUACAUAUGUUGGACAGAAAUAAAAGAAUCAAGCCCCGUCCAGAAAGGUUCCAGAACUGCAAGGACCUGUUUGACCUGAUCCUCACUUGUGAAGAGAGAGUCUAUGACCAGGUUGUAGAAGAUCUGAAUUCCAGAGAACAGGAGACCUGCCAGCCAGUGCAUGUGGUCAAUGUGGACAUCCAGGACAACCAUGAAGAGGCCACUCUGGGAGCAUUCCUUAUCUGCGAGCUCUGCCAGUGUAUCCAGCACACUGAGGAUAUGGAGAAUGAAAUCGAUGAGCUGCUGCAGGAGUUCGAGGAGAAGAGUGGCCGGGCCUUUCUGCACACUGUCUGCUUCUACUGAGCCUGAGCCGCUGUGCCUGGUGCAUGGCCUGCCCUGACAGCCACCUUGUUGAGGCCACUUUUUCAGUGUGUUUUCCCCUCUGAUAUUUGUUUAUACUGCUAGAUGUACAUCACCAAUGUACUGUACAUAUGGAACGAGAUGUACACAGAAAUGCCAGACUCAAAUCCAUUGUUUUUCACCAAAAGAAAUAAAGAUGGUUUACUCUACAGCCUA